AUGGUUCAAGAAUCUAACAAAUCCACCAUCCGUCGCGUGCGGCAGCCGGAGAGCCAUGGAAGAAGCAUAAAAAACAAAACCCAUGUGGAAAUCAUCUGUGGCGGCGCCGGAGAAAGUAGUGGUGGCGGAGAAGACUCCGAUGAGAAAGCUGAGGUUGAGAAAAAGAUCGUGGCUUUGCAGAAAAUAGUGCCGGGAGGAGAGUCACUUUGUGGAGACACCCUGUUUGAAGAAACUGCUGAAUACAUAGUGACAUUGCAAAGCCAAAUUAAAGUCUUGAGAUUUCUUGCUUCAUUCGUUGAAGGUCCUGAGAUAGAGAAGAGAAAGUUUGGUGGUUAG